CGUUCCGCACAGAGGAACAGUAAAGCGUCAAUACGAGUAGUAAAUCAGAGGUCAAACGCGUCAAAACAGCGUUGGAUGACAGUAGAUUUAACACAGAAGUACUCACUAGUUCAGGGAACAGGAUCCAAGAUGGCUGUAAGAGAGGGUUCCUGACCUCCGCGUCGCGCUGAUGUCACAGCUCUGCUUCCGGCCCCGACAGGAAGUUGCUUUUGGAUACGCUGUUGCUGACAGAACCACAUUUUCAGGUUACAAAUAAAAAAAAAAAUAAAAAACUAUAUAUUGUUUAUGUGCUUGAGCUGUGCUAUUACAGCACAGAACUAGUUGUACGUGAGUUGGACGUGCUGGAGAAUUCACAGUAACUGUUUUAAAAGAAACAGAGAUAUGUCUAUGUCCCAUUUGUAUGGGCGCAGAGGUGAUGAGGAGGAGGAGGAUGGAGUGGAAAUCGAAAAGUUUGAGGUGUCUGAAUGGGACUUGGCCAAUGAGUUCAACCCAGACAGACGCAGACACAGACAGACCAAGGAAGAAGCGACUUAUGGGAUUUGGGCAGAGCGUGACUCUGAUGAUGAGCGGCCCAGCUUUGGGGGGAAAAGAUCGAAAGACUAUUCAGCUCCUGUGAACUUUGUGAGUGCUGGCCUAAGAAAGACUGCAGCUGAGGAGAAAGUGGAGCAGAAGGGUUCAGAUGACUCCAGUGAUGGUGGAGAUGCACCUCCUCCACCCCGUGCUGCCGUUCCCAAAAAACUCCAAACGGGUGGGAGUUUAAAGACAUCCCAGAGGUUUGCAGGUGGUAUCAGAACAGGGCAGGACUUGGGAUCCUGGGAGAAACACACACGAGGCAUUGGUCAAAAGCUUCUUCAGAAAAUGGGCUACGUUCCAGGAAAAGGAUUGGGCAAAAAUGCUCAAGGUAUUGUGAAACCGAUUGAGGCUAAGUUGCGAAAGGGGAAGGGAGCGGUUGGUGCUUAUGGAAAUGAGAGGACCCAGCAGUCCCUGCAGGAUUUCCCUGUUGUAGACUCUGAGGAGGAGGAGGAGAAAGAGUUUCAGAGGGAGAUAGGGCAAUGGCGUAAAGAACCAGGAACGGCAAAGAAAAAGCCCAAAUAUUCUUACAAGACUGUGGAAGAACUGAAAGCUCAUGGCAAACUGGCCAACAAGAGCAUGAGCAGACCUGCUGGAGAACUGGCUCAGGUUAAGGUGAUCGAUAUGACAGGCAGAGAGCAGAAGGUGUAUCACAGUUACAGUCAUAUGAGUCAGAAGCACAGUGCUCCUGAGGAGGCCCCUUUGAGUGUGAGCACUCGAGAACAGAAGACCUCUGGCUUCUCUUUACCGGAGCUGGAACACAACCUCAAACUGCUCAUUGAGCUCACAGAGCAAGACAUCCUACAGAGUGCACGACAGCUGCAGCACGAGAAGGACAUUGUGGUGACCCUGACCCAUGAAAGCGACGCGCUGCAGGUCAGGCUGGCAGAGGAGGAGCAGGCUCUUGGUCGGCUGGAGCAGGUGAAGAACCUGGUGGAUCGUUUCGAAGCUGGCGAUAACGAGGGCAGCCCUGCACUCAGCCUUCAGGAGUGUGCUACGAUCUUCCAGCAGCUGCAGACAGAGUUCUAUCAGGAGUACAAAACCUUGGGUUUGGGAGACCUAGCUGUGUCUGUUGUACAUCCUUUAUUGAAAGAUAGACUUCGCAGCUGGGAUCCACUAAAGGACUGUUCAGAUGGUUUGGAGGAAGUCGGUCAGUGGAGGGCCAUUCUUGAAAGUUCACAAUCUCUUCAUGGUGUUCCAGACACUUCUAACAUGGACCCCUAUCACAGGUUGAUAUGGGAAGUGUGGCUUCCAGUCAUGAGGAGCUGUGUGUCUCAGUGGCAGCCUAGAAACGCCGGGCCCAUGGUAGACUGUGUGGAGUGCUGGGCUCCUGUUCUACCGCUGUGGAUUCUGGACCAUGUUUUGGAGCAGCUUAUUUUCCCACGACUACAGAGAGAGGUGGACAAUUGGAAUCCACUGACAGACACAGUACCAAUCCAUUCAUGGAUUUAUCCCUGGCUGCCUCUGAUGCAAAGCCGUCUUGAGCCGCUGUACUCACCCAUCCGCAUUAAACUAGCCCAUGCCCUGCAGCGCUGGCACCCCAUUGACUCCUCCGCCAGACUCAUUCUGCAGCCCUGGAAAGAUGUCUUCACACCUGGUGCUUGGGAGGCCUUCAUGGUCAAAAAUAUUGUUCCCAAACUAGCUCUUUGUUUAGGAGAGCUGGUGGUGAAUCCUCAUCAGCAACUUCUGGAGCCGUUCAGCUGGGUGAUGGACUGGGAAGGGAUGCUCUCUGUCUCCACCAUGGUUGGACUGCUGGAUAAGAAUUUCUUCCCCAAAUGGCUACAGGUGUUGUGUUCCUGGCUCAGUAACAACCCAAACUAUGAGGAGAUCACUAAAUGGUAUCUAGGCUGGAAAAGCUUGCUCUCAGAGAACCUGCUCAGUCAUCCGUUGAUCAAAGAAAAACUGAACGAAGCCCUUGACAUCAUGAAUCGUGCUGUUGCCUCUGGACAAGGUGGGUAUAUGCAACCUGGAGCAAGAGAGAACAUUGCAUAUCUGGUUCAGACAGAGAGAAGAAAAGAUUUACAGUGUGAGCCUCAGCGCCGUGAUGUGGAGUUUUCUGCCACACGUCCACCAGGCACCGCAGCAGUACCAGCAUCUGUACCAACAAACUUUAAAGAUCUAGUCCAGGCCAAAGCUGAGGAGAAUGGCAUUAUUUUCAUGCCACUUGUGGCCAAAAGGCAUAUGGGUAAACAGUUAUUCACAUUUGGCAGAACAGUCAUCUACAUUGAGCGUGGAGUGGUCUUCGUCCAAGGAGAGAAAACCUGGGUCCCAACAUCACUACAGAGUCUAAUUGACAUGGCCAAAUGAGACUGAUGCUCAGUCGAAAAAAAAAAGCUGUUUAUAUGUUGCUGUUUAGUCUGCUUCUAUGCAGUUUGUAACAGCUCUAUAAGACUUGUCUAUCAAUGUUGUUUUAUACUGCUGAAGAACUGGUUUUGAAUAAAUUUGUCAUUAAAUUAA